GGCCCAAAUUUUCUAAGAAGUCCUGCUCCCCGCUUCGCCGUGCAUUGACUCACCUGUUGAGAGUCCUUCCUGCGGUCUGCGGUUUCUCUUGCUCCCGACAUCAUUCCUACUUCGAGUGCUACAGUCAACCAUGGGUGCAGGACUUCUCGUCUCAGUCGAUCCAGAGGAGACCCUCGGAUCCAAAGCUAAAGGACUGACCCUUAACCAAGUCGCCUACUUUGGCCAGUGUCUGGUUGAAAUCACUCCGGAAAACUUCGAAUCUAACCUCGCUUUCCUCCGCAAAAACUUCUCGAAGCUUGCCAUAUAUUUCGACGUGCGGAAAUUAAAGAGUUGGGACAGCGUCAUCGACGUUCUGAACAAUGGUGCCUCCAAAAUCUUCGUGACCUUUGAGCAGUUAAAGGUCCUGUCGCAAGAGCCUACCAUUUCUCCGGAACGCCUCAUUCUCACAAUCUCGCUCGUCAAUCCGAAAACCGACCUGGCAAAGUUGAAGGCAUUCCUCCAAGAGAAUCCGGAGUGGAAAACAAGAGAGUGGGCUUUUGAUGGCGGCCAGGGCAACGAACAUCUUGACGAGGUGCUGAAGGAGGUGGGGAACUAUCCGCCGAGCCAUGAUCAGACAAUCUACGUAAGGAUCACGAAUGGGACAGAGGGCACAGAUAUACUCCAUGAAUAUCCCGGGAAUGCCUUGAUUGUAUCGUCUCAGAUCUUGACCUUCGAUGCAUCUAAUGAAGAGGCAAAGAAGCUGAUACCCGCCGUGGAUAUGGUACUUGCUGGGGCCACGGCGGACAGAAAGACCGGACUGUACGCCACCGUUGUUGUUGAUGAGCGCGAUCUUGCUCUGGGCCUUGUCUGGAGCAGCAAGGAAAGCAUCACAGAAGCACUCAAGACUGGCACGGGCGUCUACCAGAGCCGCAAACGUGGCCUGUGGCACAAGGGGGCAUCUAGUGGAGACACGCAAGAGCUCAUCAGUAUCGGCUUUGACUGUGAUAAAGACUGCCUCAUUUUCAGGGUGCAUCAGAAAGGUCGAGGUUUCUGUCACCUUGGUACGAUGUCAUGUUGGGGAAAGACCGCUGGCCUGUCAAGGUUGCAGAGGACCUUGCAAGAACGAAAAGUCGACGCUCCACCUGGCUCGUAUACUGCUCGGCUCUUUAAUGAUCCUAAGCUUGUCAAUGCAAAGAUCAAGGAAGAAGCCGAUGAGCUCUGUGAAGCAACCACAAAAGAAGAUAUUGCUUCAGAGGCAGCCGAUCUGCUUUAUUUCGCGUUGGCUCGAUGCAUUGCUGCUGACGUUACCCUGGAAGACAUCGAGCGAAAUCUCGACCUGAAGAGUUUGAAGGUCAAGAGAAGGAAGGGGGAUGCAAAACCGCAAUAUGUCGAAGAAAAGCCGGUCAAAGAAGAAUCGAAAAAGGCUGAUGCCAACGGUGUUGAUGGCCAUCAAGCUGAAGAAGUCAAGGAGGCUGCUUCAAUACCAAAAUCGCCCUCAGACCCGGCUGGCAAGACAGAGACUGGACGAAUACAGCUCAAGCGCUUUUCAACUUCACAAGCAUUCUCGGAUGACACCCUCAAGUCAGCCCUUCAGCGACCUUCCCAAAAGUCAAACGAGAAGAUCAUGUCUCUCGUUCAGCCGAUCAUCGCCGACGUUCGGGCUCACGGUGAUGCUGCUGUCCUGAAAUAUACUCACAAAUUUGAAAAGGCGACGUCACUUAAGUCACCAGUCCUGAAAGCUCCAUUCCCGGAAUCACUCAUGCAAUUACCUGAAGAAACCAUCAAAGCCAUCAACACAUCUUACGACAACAUCCUCAAAUUUCACUCCGCUCAAAAGCCAUCAUCAGAUUUGGUGGUCGAGACAAUGCCCGGAGUUACCUGCUCUCGAUUCUCACGGUCCAUUGAAAAGGUUGGCCUCUACAUUCCUGGAGGUACGGCGGUGCUUCCGUCGACAGCGCUGAUGCUGGGUGUGCCUGCCAUGGCCGCAGGCUGCAAAAACAUCGUCCUUGCAUCGCCUCCAAGGUCUGAUGGCACCAUCACCCCUGAGAUUGUAUACAUCGCACACAGGGUUGGGGCCGAGGCGAUAGUUCUCGCGGGUGGGGCACAAGCGAUAGCAGCAAUGGCAUAUGGUACUGAGUCAAUCACAAAAGUCGAUAAGAUCCUCGGACCUGGUAACCAGUUCGUUACUGCUGCCAAGAUGAUUGUCAGUAACGACACGUCCGCUGCUGUGUCCAUUGAUAUGCCUGCUGGCCCGUCAGAAGUCCUGGUCAUUGCCGACAAGACCGCGGAUCCUGCAUUCGUUGCCAGCGACCUCCUGAGUCAGGCAGAGCAUGGUACAGAUAGCCAGGUCGUGCUUAUUGCAAUUGACUUGAGCGAAAGCGAGCUGCAAGCUAUUGAGGAUGAAGUCCAUAAGCAAGCACAUGAACUUCCUCGUGUGGACAUUGUACGAGGCGCCAUUGAGCACAGCGUCACCAUCUCAGUGUCCGACAUGAAGGAAGCACUGAAGUGGUCCAACUACUAUGCCCCUGAGCAUUUGAUCCUGCAAACUGCCAAUCCCCGCUCUGCUCUUCCGCACGUCCAGAACGCUGGGUCAGUGUUUUUGGGUGGCUGGACCCCAGAAUCUGUCGGUGAUUAUUCUGCUGGUGUCAAUCACAGCUUGCCAACGUAUGGAUAUGCGCGCCAGUACAGUGGUGUUAACUUGGGAAGCUUCAUGAAGAACAUCACUAGCAGCGAAGUCAGCGAACAUGGUGUUGGACAGGUCGGAUACGCCGUCAUGGAGCUCGCAAGGUGUGAGGGCCUUGAUGCGCAUAAACGGGCAAUGGAACUUCGCAUGGAAAAGCUGGGCUUAAUUGAGAAAAAAGGCUCGCAACCAGCAAAGGCAAUGGGGAGCUCGUUUCUGAGAGUUGAAGUGUCGGAUACUGUCAGGUUCGACGCAACUGCCUUUGAAGCUCCCGCCGACAAGGUUUAAAAAUCAUCGCUCGGCAUAUUCGGUUUUCGGCGACCUUGUACGGAAUUUCUCUCAGGGUGUUCGUAUACAGCGAUAAUUUACUAGACGCGAUAGAACUGGGAAUAGACCAAGAAUUCUCGAGAGCAACACCACCUACGUCCAAAGAAACAGACCUAGCACCUCGCUGUCAUCUAUUCAGGCGUCUCCAAUGCAGCCUCGAGAACAUCUGACCCAGGGAUGCUUCUCGACUUCAGCCCCGUCACCAAACUUCACCUCACCUCGUGCUUGGCGAAACAACAAAUAAAUC